UUAUAUACAGAAGAUGGAGAAAAUGGAUACCAAUACACUUUUUGAGCAGUUCACUGUUGAUGAGAUUCGACAAGUAGAACGAAACACAAGGGCUGAUAUUGAGAAGAAGAAGGAAGAUCUAAGACUGAUGGUUGGUGAGCGAUAUCGUGAACUUAUUGAAGCCGCAGAUACGAUUACAGACAUGAAGAUAUGCUCAGACAGGAUUGUAAAGUCAGUAAAGGAGAUGCAGAAUUAUUGUACUACUCUGCGAACAACGCAUUUAACUAAGGGAAUUGGCACCGCAAUCAGAACACAAGCUAAAGACAAGACUUGCAAGAGCACCUUUUAUUCCAUUGCAUCACAGAUUAAACUUCUCCUUGACAUGCCAGAAAAAAUUUGGGGUGCAAUAGAAAACAGACAGCAUCUGCGAGGGACACAACUGUAUCUAUUAGCUUGUCAUAUCAUGAGUAGUCUGCAGCUUGAUGGCGUUAACCAACAGUCCACGCAACUGUUAACCUGGUUCCCAAUAUUGUCACGCCAGUGGGCAGCUGUUAGUCAUUUUAAAGCUAGUAUAUUACAGAGUUGUAGAAGUAUGUUGAAGGAUUCAGUUAUGUCGGAUGAGGACACAUCAGAAGCACUUUGCUCCAUUAUUCUCCUGGAAGAUAGCUCACCAAGACAAGUCUUCACAGAGUUCCUUCUUGCUAGGAAGACAGCUGUUCAGCAUUGUUUUCAAUCAGCACAUCAUGGUGCUAGUAUUAAGCAGCAAGUUUGCAAUGUAAUCCAGCUGAUCUCAACCACCAUACGCCAAAUCUAUACAAUCUUCUACUGCGAUGAGAACAAAUCGGGAACUUCCCCUAUUGAGAAGAAGCAAGGGGAUUCCCCCAAAUCAGACCUGCUUCUGCAUACGUUAACUGCAGUUACUUCACUACCAAAAAAUGAUUCAGAAGACUUACUUGCUAAAGAAGUAAUGGGUGGAUCAUAUACGAAGCAUCUUCCUGCAUCAAUAACUGGAUUUAGACCAAGUCUGCGGACACCAGGUGUUGCUAUCUCUGCACAGUACCUGCAUCAGAGUGUGGAGGAAUGGGUUGACACCUGUGUUCAGGAUGUACAUACAGGAGUCGGCAGACUAUUCAACUACAUCAACACCAUCAAAGGCUUGACUUCCAUACGUGAUGCAUUAUGGGAACUACUCAAACAAGAUGAAGAUGUAGUGGACUGGAAAGUAGCAUGUAAGAGCAUUAUGAACCAACCAUUAUCUCUGUGGGGGGAGUUUGUUCGACCGCUGUUCCUGAACAGAGCCCAGGCCAUUAUACAAGAUGACUUAGAUAAAACCACAACAACCAUACAGAACACUACUAACCAGGUGAUCCAAGAGAUAAACUCCAAUCCAGAUGAAAGGGACAUUGCUGGGUUUGUGUGGACAGAGUCUGCUAGUGACAUGCCAAAUGCAGCAGCCUGGAGUGGAGGCUCAAGCAAGUUGCCUUCUGAUGCUGGAGGACUUUACAUGAAGACUAGAGCGUAUACAAAUCAAGUACAGAGUCUCUGCUCAGCGUUUAAUACAAAACUACAGAAACUACUAGAAGACUUGUCCAUCUACACACAACAGGCAGACAAGAAAGAGAACAAGUACCAACUUGCUGGCAAAUCAGGAUUAAGUAUGUGUGGGCCAUUUGAUCGUUAUUCCGACACAGAAACUCUUCAUAGCUUCUUGCAGUUGGCAUGUACCAAGUGUGUCCAUAGAAUCAUUGAUCAUGUGAGUUCCCAUCUUGACACCUGUCAAAAACACCUUGCUGAGAAGAAACAGCAACCAGAGGAAUGUACCAUUGUUGUGGAUAGGUCUGUGGCACUUGGUAGGAUCUGUUUGGCAUUGACGGAGUUGGCUCCAAAUCUACAAAUCUGUGUUACCAUUGCAGAUCAGAAAGACACAAAGCAAAGACAGACCAGUAUUUGGGGCUGUUACACUGCUGAGGCCUUCUUGGAUGACUACAACACUGCGAUGUUAAAGUGCACGCCAGCCACACUCCUAGCAUCUUGCACGCAAUGGGCAGAAGUUGAGAUCCAAGAGGAGACAGAGGAUGGCAAGAAAAUCAGCUCCAAAAUAAGAUUACCUGUACAGUGUUCAUGGUAUGUACAAUCACUUCUCUUUGAACUGUGCGCCGAAAUCAACCGUGUCGGUGGACACGCGCUUUCUAGAGAAACAAUUUGCAAUUUGGUGAAGAAAGUUACAGAUAGCAUUGUGGAUAUUUACCAACAAUUGUUGGACUCUAAAGAGGUGGUUAUAAAACUAUCCCAGCCAAGAGUACUUCAGAUGCUGUUUGAUCUACGCUUUGUUUCUACCAUCAUGACAGGAAGAGGAGAUGAUAAGAAGGCUAACACCGCUUAUACAGCUAAAGUGGAAAAGUUGAUUGACCGAUUCGAGUCAAAGAUUGACCCCUUUGAUCUUGAUGUCUUCACCAGCCAUUUUAACGCCAACUUAUCAAGACACAUUCAUCGCAGUUCAAUUUUACUUGGAGCAUUAACUAGCCUGGACAAGCAUGUCUACUCUGGGCAUAAAGCAGUCCAAGCUGGCCGACAAGAACAUCACAACAUACUUCCGUUGUCAACAAGCCAGGCUAGGUUCAACCUGCUUCCUCUCAGCUCACAAUCCACCUUCACCCUGCCAACCAACAUGCCAAGAGUUCCACAAACACCUCUUAGUCCAUCCGCUUUCAAGUCUCCACCUGUGAAAGAGACAGAAAAAUUUGCCACUAAGUCUGGGGCAUUCUACUCAAGACUAGGUUCUCUGAAGACCAGUUGGCUAGCAAAUAUUGGAAAGGAGUAACUGCCAGAAUUGAAGCACAGUAAGAGUUUGUUGUAAUAAUGUAUAUGAAAAUAAUAUAUAAAGUGCCGGCAUACCGGCCUGGAAAAAAUGUGAGGGCGCUGUUGAAAGUUUGCAAUUAAAAAAAUUUCCGGUGGUUGGGUUUUUAUGAUAAGGUACUGAAAAAUGUUGUUGUUUUGAUGUAUGAAGACAGUCACGCAUCAUUUUACAUAGAAAACGUUCUAUAAGUCCUCGGAGACCGAAUCGAGGCAAGAUAAUUUCAUGGCCCAUUGGUUGGUUUUCUUUUUAGUAGUUCAUGAUCGGAUAAAACAACCGUGACCCCUGCAAGCAUUCUGGGUUUAUGUCUUCUGUUCGCUAGCAUGAUGGUAUUCUGUGAUCAGUAAUACUUAUCAGAUACUCUUGAUAUUGGCAGAAUUACACUUUUCUAUCAUUAUAUGAAGAAAUAAAGAUCCCAUUGGAAGCAUUCAAUUGUUUUAAGGGUUGUGACCUAACCUCAAGUUCAUUUUAAUUUUGUGUUGUGUCAAUUUCGCAAUUUUAACUCAGAAAUUGUUUUGGUUUCAUUUUUAUUUACUGUUUUGUUAAAAAUAUUUUUUGGUUUUACUUCAGUUCAAUACAAGCUAUGAUGUAAAUAAUAAUUGUUAUUUAUGAUGAUUGACACAAUUAUUAUUUAUAUUUAAAUAUAUCUGUUAUUUGCAUAUUAUAUAAAACUUUUGAUAUUCAACAUAUAAAAUAUUUACAUUUACAGAUCAAGGAAUAUAUAAAUGUAACUGUUAUUAAAAGAUAGUUUUAUGAAUUUUAAAAUAAUUAAUAAUAAAAUCUGCCUAUUGAUAUAGAGAAGGGGAAUUAACAAUAUAGAAUUAGUUACAUUUUGAUUGGUAUUUAACAGCUUAUAUUAAAAGGUAAUACUGUAAUUUGCAUGUUUUUACUAAAACGAUAUUGGUGUAUACUUAAACAAUAUCGACAGUAUUAAACAAAAUACAAAGAAAGCGAUACAAACCAUUAUGGUUUGAUAUUUUAAACUUUAUUUAAUUUAGGGAUGAAUUAAAAAAUAUUGUAUUAUUAGAAUAGCUGGGGAGAAAUAAAAUUAUGAUUUUGUGGAAAAAAA